GAUUCAGAAGUAAAACUAACGUGGCCGAGACUGUUCACUGUUUACAACAACGUUGCAUUAAAUACAUAUAUACAAAUAUAUUAAGAGCGGGCGUGCAUAAAAAAAUAAAUAAAAACUAAAGAACAAAUUGCAUUUGUAAAAUAAGAAAAUUGUAAAAAAAAACUAAUUGCCAAUUAAUUCAAGUGAACGAAAAACAUAACUAAUUUAGUUAUUACGUGUGCGUGUGUGAUUGAACUAAUCGCGCAAUAAAACGGCGUAUCUAUAAAAGUUAAUGCCAGUAAGCACAGAUUGUUAUAUGUGUAUAUCAUCUGUAUAGAACGCAAAAGUAUAUUAUAAAAAGCUAGAAUUCAGCAAUAGUAAAACAUAUCUUCAUGAUAAAAUAUAUAAAAAAUAUUAUCUAAAUAUAAAAUCAACUAUUAAAAGUCGUUAUCAAUCGCUACAUCAGAAAGACAUCACCAUAGAAAAGUGAAAAUAAUAUAAAAGACACAUUAAUACAAAUAUAAUAGUAAUAAUAAUAUAGUAUAAAGAAAUAACUUGCAGUUUUCCAGUCCAUAGCCGCCGAGUGCUUGCAUACAUAUAAAGGACAACAAAGUACUACUAGGUUGUGGUGCAUCAUCUGAUUUUUGCAUUUUAUUCUCCAACACUUUUACAAACGCAAAUUUAUUUACUUCCUGUCUGCCUACCAUUCAUUCCGUUUGGAAAACAGACAUUUAAAAAAUGUUUAUCGAAGAUGACGCACAAAUGGAGAGCUUCUGGGUGCAGAGUGCGAUCGGUGCUAUAAAGGUGCUCGCUUUCGUGUGUGACAUAAUCACAUUGCCGGUGUAUUUGGUGUUGCAGCGACCAUGGAAGCGGAGAGAAGAGUCUCGACGCGUCAAGGCGCGUGUCGUCCAUUCCGAUGAACAUUCGUUGACUUAUCGCACCAUUGAACCGCCUCGCGAGGUACACGUAAAGAUGCUGCAAAACAACAUCGACACAUUGGAGAAAAUGUUCAAUUAUGUGGCCAAAGUGCAUUCAAACAAACGUUGCUUCGGUACACGUCAGAUACUCAGCGAGGAGGAUGAGGUGCAACCGAAUGGACGCGUUUUCAAGAAAUACAAUAUGGGCGAAUAUAAGUGGAAGAAUUUCAUUGAAGCCGAUCGCAUGGCAACCUCUUUUGGUCGCGGUCUGCGUGAAUGUGGCCAGAACGCACGUCAGAAUAUUGUAAUUUUCGCCGAAACCCGUGCCGAAUGGAUGAUUGCAGCCCAUGGUUGUUUCAAGCAGGCUAUGCCCAUAGUUACCGUCUACGCGACACUGGGUGAUGAUGGUGUGGCGCAUUGUAUCAGCGAAACCGAGGUCACCACUGUAAUUACAUCACAUGAGUUGUUGCCCAAAUUCAAACAGUUGUUGGAUAAAUGUCCUAAAGUUGAUACCGUUAUCUAUAUGGAAGAUCAAUUGCAUAAGACCGACACAAAUGGAUUCAAGAACGGUGUACGCGUAAUUGCGUUCUCUCAAGUUGUGCGUAUGGGACAGGAGAGCAAGUUUGAAAGCGUUCCACCCAAGCCUGAGGAUACAGCCAUCAUCAUGUACACAUCGGGUUCAACUGGCACACCAAAGGGUGUUCUAUUGUCACAUAAUAAUUGCAUUGCCACAAUGAAGGGAUUCUGUGAUGUUGUGACAGUAAAACCCGAUGAUGUGCUCAUUGGCUUCCUACCACUGGCGCAUGUUUUCGAACUACUCGCCGAAAGUGUAUGCCUGAUGACUGGCGUGCCCAUUGGCUAUUCCACACCAUUGACAUUGAUUGAUACAAGCAGUAAAAUUAUGCGUGGCAGCAAAGGUGAUGCUACUGUUUUGCGGCCGACAUGCAUGACAUCCGUGCCGUUAAUUUUGGAUCGUAUUUCCAAGGGCAUUAAUGAUAAAGUCAACUCGGGUUCGGCUUUCAAGAAGGCGCUCUUCAAAUUCCUCUACCAAUAUAAAGUGAAUUGGACGAACCGUGGCUAUCAGACGCCACUGGUUGAUAAAUUGGUUUUCCAAAAGGUCUCCAAAUUACUUGGUAGUCGCGUACGUUUGGUUCUCUGCGGUGGUGCGCCACUCUCCCCCGACACACAUGAACAAAUUAAAACUUGCUUAUGUGUCGAUGUUGUACAAGGUUAUGGUCUGACAGAGACUACAUCUGGUGCAGCGGUUAUGGACAGUCGUGAUAUGAGCUAUGGUCGCACUGGUGCACCAUUAACAGUCUGUGAUCUGCGUCUGGUUAACUGGGAGGAGGGUAGAUAUCGCAUUACAAAUAAACCAUAUCCACAGGGCGAAGUGAUAAUAGGCGGCGAUAAUGUUUCAAAAGGUUACUACAAGCUACCCGACAAAACAGCCGAGGAUUUCUUUGAAGAGGAUGGCAGACAGUGGUUCAAGACUGGCGAUAUUGGUGAAAUUCAUCCAGACGGUGUACUUAAAAUCAUUGAUCGCAAAAAGGAUUUGGUUAAAUUACAGGCUGGCGAAUACGUCUCACUUGGCAAGGUUGAAUCUGAAUUGAAGACCUGCCCAAUUGUGGAGAAUAUUUGCAUUUACGGUGAUCCAUCCAAACAAUUUACAGUGGCAUUAGUGGUGCCCAAUCACAAGCAUCUCGAAGAAUUGGCCGAACGCAAUGGUUUGAAAGGCCACUCAUUCGAAGAUCUAUGCGCAUCGCCUGUAAUGGAGAAGGCAGUUAUUAAAGAAAUUGCCGACCAUUCAAGGAAAUGUAAAUUACAAAAACAUGAAGUACCCGGCGCCAUUACAUUGUGCAAGGAAGUUUGGUCACCCGAUAUGGGUCUGGUAACGGCCGCUUUCAAACUGAAACGCAAGGAGAUCCAAGAUAAAUACCAACAUGAUAUUAGUCGCAUGUAUGCGUCAUGAAAGUCAAUGCACUAAAUUAGUUGCUAUGCAAAUUUCGUAGAACAAAAACAAAAACAAAAACAAAACAAAAUAUAAACAACAUACAUUUGAAGCGAAAAACAUUUUUCCCAAAUAUUGGUUAGAAAAAGAAAAUUAAAUUUCUCAUUUAAUUUUCAAACAAAUAAUGCAUUGAACACGAACACUGAAUUAGUCAUUGAUUGGUUGCGGAAAAAUGUACACUAAAAAAAA